UCCUUCCCCCAGAACACUGCUGUGGGAUCUUCAGCAUCUGCUGCUGUUGGCAACAUCCUAAGUGCUGAAGGUCCACCUCCAUCCCACAGCCAUGUCCUGCUUCGAUCUGUGCCGUCCCUGUGGCCCGACCCCGCUGGCCAACAGCUGCAACGAGCCCUGUGUGCGCCAGUGCCAGGACUCCCGAGUGGUGAUUGAACCAUCUCCCGUGGUGGUCACCCUGCCCGGACCCAUCCUCAGCUCCUUCCCCCAGAACACCGCUGUGGGCUCCAGCACCUCCGCUGCCGUGGGCAGCAUCUUGAGUGAGGAGGGAGUGCCCAUCUCCUCUGGUGGCUUUGGCUUGUCUGGCCUGGGUGGCCGUUUCUCUGGCAGGAGGUGCCUGCCCUACUAAGGAUGAGAUGGAUGUCCUGUGAGCCCAUUGCCCAGGAAAGCCUGAAGCCAGAUGCUGGACUGAGGAUGAAGCUGAUGGCCUGAUUUUUCAGAUGGGCUGAACACUCUCAUGCCCUGCUGCAAAACCUGCGUUGUCUGGAAACAUGGCCCUGUGAUGUCAUUUUCUUUUUCCAUUUUCUUUUCAUCGUCAUUAGUCCAUAUUAUCUCCUGCUGUUCUGUACAAUGGGUUCAUCCUGAAGCACGUUUAGAUGCUCCUGCUUUUUCUCCCUCUCACCAUGUGAGGGAGGAAGAUGUGCAUCCCGUUCUGGUGAGGGGAUGUCUGAGUACGAGCUGCUCUUGUAGCAGCCUGGACCAGAUCCAUUACCCCAUGCAUUGCUUUAUUUUCUACCUUAAGACUCAAUAAAUUUA